UGUAGCCAAAGGACAAUCUUUAUGAGCAGAAACCAGAAGAAGUUGCACCGGUUAUUUCUGCUGUGUCUAUAACUAACAACGGGGAAAGCAAAUCAUCAGCUGGUUCAUCGUUUGCAUCUCGGUUUGAGUACAAUGACGACUUCCAAUCUGGAGGAAAAAGUGGUGGUGUUGGUACUCAAGUGCUUAACCAUGUUGCUCCACCAAAGUCGUCAGGUUUCUUUUCAGAUUUUGGAAUGGACAGUUCUUUCCCCAAGAAAUCAAGCUCCAACUCGUCAAAAUCUCAAGUUGAAGAAUCGGAUGAAGCAAGAAAGAAGUUCACAAACGCAAAGUCCAUUUCUUCAGCACAGUACUUUGGGGAUCAGAACAAAAAUGCUGAUAUGGAAUCAAAAGCUACUCUUCAGAAGUUUGCAGGUUCAGCAUCUAUCUCAAGCGCUGAUUUUUACGGUCACGACCAAGAUGAUUCCAAUAUUGAUAUAACUGCUAGCGAUCUCAUUAACCGGCUUUCUUUCCAGGCGCAACAAGACAUAUCGUCGCUGGUGAACAUAGCAGGUGAAACAAAGAAGAAGCUUGGAACUUUAGCUUCCGGUAUCUUCAGUGAUAUUCAAGACAGAAUGCUGUGAGAAAGAAGAACACAAGCUCUCUCACAUGUUUUUGUUUUUACCGAGAAAAAAAAAGAGAGAGAGAGAGAGAGAUUUAUAAAACCCUAAAAAUCAUGGCGAUUCGAUUUUCCCUCCCAAUUCAAAUCCUCUCCUAAGUCUCUUCCUUCUUCCGCCGAUCUCUCUCUAAUCAAAGUUGCAUCGGAAUCUCGACUUUUCAUCCUCCAAAUUGACGAAACCCUAAUUUUGGUUGAAAUCGAACCCUUGAAGACGAUGUUGGUGGCUAAUUCCGACGUUUCUUCUUCGAUUCUCUCUCGUACUCCGUUAAUCCCCAACUCGAUCGAAACCCUAGACGAGAUUGAGGACUCGCCUUCACCUUCGCCUUCGCCGCAAAUCCCGUCGACUGAUGCUGAUGUUGUUAAUGUUCAGUCAUUAGCUCUUACGUCUCCCGAUCGAGAUCGUGAUUCGCCUCCGAACUUCGAUGAGUAUACCUCUUCGUCUUCUUCCGACGAAACCCAAUUCGUUCCUUCUCCGAUCAAUUUCGAUUACGAUGAGAUCGGCAACGGGACUCAACGCCUGCUAGAGUCACAGGUUCGAAUUGGGGGUAAUUCGCAAACUCUUGACGAUUUGGACGAUGUUAUGUGGGACGGGUCCUCGUCUGAUGAUCACCGGGAGAAUAAUAGCCAACCUUGGACGCCUAAUGUCUCUCCUGGCUUUGGAAGUGAUGAUGAUGAUAACAACUCCAACUCUAAGAAGGAAUGUAGCGAGCCUUUGUUGUCUGGGUUCAUGCAAAGACCUCUGAAGAUCGAUGAGCCCGUCACUGGUGUUGGAGCUGGGCUUUGGAACUUAGGGAACACUUGUUUCUUUAAUUCGGUUUUGCAGUGUUUCACUCACACUGUGCCACUUAUCGAGGGCCUUCGUUCAUACAAAUAUCAAGAUCCCUGUAACUGUGGUAAUGAGUUCUUCUGUGUUAUAAGGGCUCUUCGAACUCACAUUGAUUUUGCACUGAGGCCUGAAAGAAUUCCAAUGGCUCCGGAUUAUUUUCUUCACCAUCUUAAUUAUUUUUCGCCUGACUUCCAGCGUUAUCAGCAAGAAGACGCUCAUGAGUUUCUGCAAGCAUUUUUGGAUAAGUUGGAGAGAUGUUGUUUGGAUCGAACAAGUUACCGCAGCUAUGUCUCUUCUCAAGAUGCCAACUUUGUUGACCAGGUCUUUGGAGGUCGUCUCAUCAGUGGGCUCCGUUGCUGCAACUGCAACUCCAUCUCUGAUACAUUUGAAAAGUCUGUUGGGUUGAGUUUGGAAAUUGAAGAUAUGGAUACCCUGGAGAGUGCACUAGAAUCCUUUACCCGUGUGGAAAAACUUGACGAGCAAUUGACAUGUGAUAACUGUAAUGAAAAAGUCUCAAAGGAGAAGCAACUCUUGCUUGAUAAGCUUCCUCUAGUUGUCACAUUUCAUCUGAAGAGAUUCAAGAACAAUGGAUUUUAUAUGGAGAAGAUCUUCAAGCAUGUCAAGAUCCCAUUGGAGUUAGACUUACAGCCAUAUAUGAGGGAUAAAGAGGAAAACGAUGUUCCUACAAAAUACCAUCUUUAUGCUCUUGUGGAGCAUCUCGGGUAUUCAGUAACCUAUGGACAUUACUUGUCCUAUGUGAGGUCUGCUCCCAAGAUAUGGCAUCAAUUUGAUGACGUGAAGGUUACCAGAAUCGAUGAAGAUAGUGUACUGUCACAGGAUUCAUACAUUCUUUUUUAUGCACGGGAAGGAACUCCAUGGUUUUCUAGCAUCGCUGAACAGAUGCAGCCAUUGCUUCCAUUGCUUGAAGCGAGUUUAGCGAAUUCUUCGCCAAAGUCUGUGCUUGAUUCUUCUAACGGGGAGUGUUUAUCAGAGAUCAGUUAUGAGAAUGUCGAUAAAUCCAGCAAACCCUGCGACUCAGCGGGAGUGUCUAACCAACAUGGCAAGACAGAAGAAGAUUUUGUAUCCCUCUCUAACGAGCUAAACGAAGAUGUGUUUCUAUCUGCUGAGUCUUCUAGUGACGAGGAUUCUUCUAUGCCAGAGCUUAUGGACCCUCUUGAUACUGAUGAUCCUUACGUUCCAGGGAGUGAAAAAGAACCCAAUACUUGUUUAGCCAUUGAAAGAGCUACCACUGGUGAUGAUUUUUUCCCUCUGCUGAUGGUUGAAGAUCAGGACUCAUUCCAAAAACACCAAGAUUCUGCAGAAGGAACUUUUCGAAUGCAGCUCAAGCAAAUGGAAGAAACCGCACAGAACCAAGAAAAGCCUUGGAAGCAGCCGUUAUUAAUAAGUGACGUUGCAGUUUCCAAGGAAGCAGAAUCUGUUAAUGGAGACCUCAUGAAGAAACCUUCACCUCGUGCUAGAGAUUUGUUGGAUCAAUCGGUUUCUACAACAACUGGUUCUCCACCCAAAAAAUUGAAAACAACAUGAGAGGGAGAGGGAGAGGUAUCUUGUUGACUUUCUUGAUCGCUUAUUAGCUUCUAGGUGUUCUAAAGAUGGGGGUAAUGACUUUUGAUUAGAGACUUAAAUCAGGCUUAAUUCGUUUUCGGUUUUGUGCAUACUGCAUAGUAGUAGUUAUGCUACUCUGGUGUUGACUUGGUUUUUAAUGAUAAGAAGCAAGGAUUCAGAAUCUAAUUAAGUUUUAUAGAUUUUGUUAA